AGCAGAGGAGACUGGUAAUGAAGAUUAUAUGCAGCUCUCUUGGAGAAAAGGAUCAGAAAAUUUUGGAAAAAAAGCUCUGGAUCAAAAACCAACAUAAGACACUGAACCAAUUGCUGGACACAAAUAAAACCAACCCCAAACACAAAUGGAAGGAGCCUCAGAAGCUAGACGAUGCAAGAAGUUGCAACCCAGAAGAGGGCCCUCACCCUCACCUGGUAUUGACUGUGGACUUCCAGGACCCAGAAUGAUGUCCUUGAGCCUUUGAGACGGAUGUGAGUGAAUUUUUCAGCCUUCAUGCAAAACAACCAUCUAAACAUAACAGAUGACAUCAGCUUGGGCUUUUCAAUUCCUGGAUGGCAGCAGCGUGUUAAUCCAGCCUUCAUCCUGGAUUUCAUAAACUAAAACAAGAGAGGCUGGCAGGAGGACAGCGCUGCUGCUGGGUUGAGGAAAUUGAUGACGGGAAAGCACACGGGCAACCCAGUGUAUAAAACUGAUAAACGUGUAGGCAGAGAGGCUCAGCUACUACUUUGGACGGCUGCUUCCCACAGCGAAGACCACAACGCAGGGAGCUGAGCCCGAGCCAGCAGGGAAACAUGAGGAGCCUUUUGCUGCUGACCACACUCCUUGUACCUGCACACCUGACUGUGGCUUGGAGCACCAAAUAUGCUGUGGAUUGCCCAGAGCAUUGUGACAAUAGCGAGUGCAGAAGCAGCCAACACUGCAAGAGGACAGUGCUGGAUGACUGUGGCUGCUGCCAAGUGUGUGCUGCAGGGCUGGGAGAAACUUGCUACCGCACAGUCUCAGGCAUGGAUGGCAUGAAAUGUGGCCCAGGGCUGAGGUGUCAAUUUUACAGUGAGGAAGAUGAUUUUGGUGACGAGUUUGGUAUCUGCAAAGACUGCCCGUACGGUACCUUUGGGAUGGAAUGCAAAGAGACUUGCAACUGCCAGUCAGGCAUCUGUGACAGGGUGACGGGAAAAUGUCUCAUAUUUCCAUUCUUCCAAUAUUCAACAGUGACGUCUUCUACCAGGAGGUUUGUUUCCCACACAGAUCAUGACCUGGCAUCUGGAGAUGGAAAUUCUGUGACAGAAGAGAUUAUGAAAAAAGGUGCUGCUCGGUCUCCUGUAAUGAAAUGGUUGAAUCCACGCUGACCCUGGGUGGGAUUUUCAAGGGAAGGCUCUUAGUGAUUGUUUAGCACCCAGCCAACAUUUUAAGAGCUAUCUACAUUAUAGCAUAUGGAUGUGUAAUUUUUGGAGAUCAAUUAUAACUUGGGUGGAUCCAGUCACAAGGAGUAGACUACUUAAAAACCCAUUAAAUGCGUAUGGCCCAUUCUGUAGGGGUGAGGGUGAGGCAUUGUAAUAGUUGGAUCUUCCUUGUGGUAGCUUCAAUAGAAUUCAGUUAUCAUUAUUAUUAUUUACUUUGGGAAAAGUCAAAACCCAAACCAGAAACCCACUGAGGAAGUGGGAUGUUUGAAGCUUGUGGGAUGUGAGCAACAACUUGAACUAAGGUCAGUUUCAAAGGGCUGCUAAUGUAGUUCUCAGGUCCCCUGGACCUGAAGGACAGAUCUAAGGCAGAGGGCAAACAUACACUUCCAUAGUGGUUUGAAGAAUACCACCCAUGCGAUGGCACUAGGAAGUUCUCUGCCUACUUGGGGGUGGGGAGGGGUAGAGGUAAAUAUUUAUAUAUUUUUAUUAAAACGUGUUAGUGCAAGUCAUCUUUCAUACUCAUGUUUAUCACUCACUUGAGGAAAUGAACUUAAUUUCUUAAAUGAUUAGAAAGGUUUAGCUCUAUAAGAUUUUCAAACACUGCAUUAUAUUAUAAUAUUUACAGUAAUAAACAUAAGAGAAUCUAAACAAUUUUAGUAACUAGAUUUACAAAAUACCAAAAAAUAAGCAAUGGAGGGAAUUUACCCAAAGAAAAUGCCAUGAUUUAGAUACUAUUUAAAUUUAAAGUAGAGAAUAAUUUUUAAGAGGUUGAGAAAAGAGUCACUUUCCAGCAGGAAACAUACCAACUUUAAAAUAUGGUUUAUUUUCAUGUAUUUUCCUUUCAAAAUUGAUUGAUAAGUGGAAUCAGGAGUAUGCUUGGGAGUAUCUUAGCCCAAAUGGAACUGGUGUACUACAUGCUAUUAGGAAAUAUUUGCAGAAAUAUUUUAUUUGGAAUCAAGAAUUUAUUUAAGAUUUAUCUCAGUAUUUACCUAUAUUUUAUUCUUCAAGUUUGCCAACAGAGUUGUGAGUGUGUGUGUGGGAGGAUCUUUGAAUGUAAGCUGAAUAAGCUGUUAGGUUCUGUUUUAAAAGGUCAAAUUUAUUACCGCUCAAUAAAAAAUAAGACACAGCUA